CCCGGGUGGGGGCUGUUCAUGGCGGUUCCGGGGUCUCCGGCACAUUUACCGGUUGUGGGGCUGAGUCCGACCGAAGUUGAGGCGGCGGGGUUUGAGGUGUUCGCUGCUGUGAGAUGACCGAGUACAAACUGGUGGUGGUCGGAGCUGGCGGUGUGGGGAAAAGCGCCUUGACCAUCCAGCUCAUCCAGAACCACUUCGUAGACGAAUAUGAUCCCACGAUAGAGGACUCCUAUCGAAAGCAAGUGGUUAUUGAUGGUGAGACCUGUUUGUUGGACAUACUUGACACAGCUGGACAAGAAGAGUAUAGUGCCAUGAGAGACCAGUAUAUGAGGACAGGCGAAGGCUUUCUCUGUGUCUUUGCCAUCAACAAUAGCAAAUCAUUUGCAGACAUUAACCUCUACAGGGAACAAAUUAAACGAGUGAAAGACUCAGAUGAUGUGCCUAUGGUGCUGGUGGGAAAUAAGUGUGAUCUGCCAACACGGACAGUUGACACAAAACAGGCUCAUGAACUAGCCAAGAGCUAUGGAAUUCCUUUCAUUGAAACCUCAGCCAAGACCAGACAGGGUGUUGAAGAUGCUUUUUACACACUGGUAAGAGAAAUAAGACAGUACCGCAUGAAAAAACUCAACAGUAGCGAUGAUGGAACUCAAGGCUGCCUGGGUCUUUCAUGUUCAGUCAUGUAACCAAAUGGAGUUUGGAAUUUCAUCUUCAGAAAAGAGCCACUUUUUGAGCUGCACUGACACCCUGGUCCUGACUUACCUGGAGGAGAAGUAUUAAAUACUCAUCUUCAGUUUCCCUGUGAAGCCCCUUGCCACUGUCCCAGUGUCCAGUAGUAGAUGAGCACAGUGUUCUCUUGUCUGUUCUCUACCUGAGAAGUUCUCAGAGCAACUACCUCCUCACUUGGUUGUCUGACCAGAGAAAUGCACCUCUCUUUACCAGUAUUUCUUCUCCCUGGGCUUUUUCUCUCUGGGUUGUUUGGUUGUUGUGGUUUUUCUUCUCUAGGUUUUUCAUUUGAAAAGAAAUUCAUGCUCUGAAACAGAGAACCAAACUGUUGAAAUACUGUUGAAAACAGCAUAUUGAGCUCCAAAGUACCACUUGCUGAGGAUUUUUCUUUUUUAAUGUUGAACUUGGACCUUUGUUAAUAUUUGGAGCAAUGUUAUGAAAAACUUGUUGAUGUCACUCUCUGGUUUUGUUUAUGAUGUUAUCUGCUACAUAUGCUAACCUGGCAUCUGUUCUUCCUAUCACAAAUAUGAAAACGUAACUCCAAUCUCAGCUAUAUAGUACCUCUUGCAAAUAUUGAAUUUUGUGUCUACUCUGGUUCUCCUCUACUUCUAUGUAAUUAGAAACAUUUUUCCUAAUGAAGUGCCUUUUUCUUAGAAGUGAUUUGUAGAAUUUUCCUGUUUUAUUCAGUGAGGAAACCAUUAAAAGGAGAUGGUCUCUCAUAAACCGUUACACAUUAAGAUGAAUAUCAGAAGAUGUCUAUGUCCAGUCCACUUGAGUAGGAUAAGCAAGCAGGCAUGUGUGAUAUCUGAUAUCUUCAUCUCAGAUAUGCUGGGUCUGGUUUCUUAGUGACCUGUUUAUGAAAUCUACAGGGAGAAAUCUGAAACUAGAAAGACUUUCUCUUAUUUUUUAUUCGGUCUCCACUUUUUCCCCUUCCCCCCCAAAUUAUUGUCUACAAAUUGGACAUGCAGUUUGUAGUCGAUAUUUCCUUUAGCUUUUAUUCUUAUAAAGAAGAAAAAAGUAAGUACUUAAGCAACCAGCCAUCAUAAUGCUAAUUUGGAUCAUAUAUUUAUAGUUGUAUAGGCCUUAUAAUAAUUUAGGUGAGAUUUUCUUCAAAAGGUGCAACCAAUGAUCUUCAAGUGUUAAAUGCAAUAUAUUAACAGAAUGAAUAAUUAGCAUCUAAAUUUUAUUUUGCCAACUUCACUACAUUCAUCUGGCUAUUAUUGACUGUUAUACAUGUUUUGGGGGGGAUAGGAUGUGCCUUACCAUCCUGAGCUAGCUAGUUAUUAGUGCACUUGGCUAGAGUAUGGUGCUAAUGAGACCAGGAUCACAGGUUUGAGAGUAAUGCUAGCCAUUUAUUGCCAUGCAGAGAGAAACUCUGCCAGAGCCACAGACUACCACUCCUAAUUCCAGCCAAUUUUAACAUCUGUGUAUAUGCAACUCUGAGAUUAUGCAGGUCUGUGUUCCUUUUGGAGGACAGAGUAUAGAAGUUAUUGUACUAUAUGAAUUACCUAUGAUUAGGUUGAGGAAUAGUCUAUCAGUCCACCAUGUAAUGGCCUUUUUCUUAAAAAUGUGAGACAAACUGAACAAUCCGUGUGCCAUUGGGAGCCAUAGCGUCUCAUACUCCUGGUAUAUAUGUAUCAUUCAUUCUGUUGGCUUUUUCUUCAUUAUGUCCUAAGCACACUUGGUCUCAACUGGGCCAAAAUCCAGAUUUAGGGAUGCUUUCUUAUUAGAUCCUUGUUAAACUUAGGUGUGAUAUUUGGCUGGAUGAGGUGAUAAACUUAACUAUUGUGAGCAAGUCAAGCUGUCUGAGUUAUUCAGACUAAAAGUAUUGUUUAUGGAUGUUAGGGCCUCCUCUCAGUAAUCUUGAAUUUUCGGAGCUUAGCUUCAGCUUCCCCCAAGAUAAAUACUUAAUCAGCUGUCAUAAAUUUUAUAUUCUUUUGCAGCUGAUUUUUGCUGUUACAGGUUCUGAGUUCAAGAGUAUGAAGAUGGAGUAUCCUGUUUGGCUGAGGCUACAGUGUUUACUCCAUAAAUGUUUCUAUGAAGUGCUGUUUAUAUUCAAACAGUUUAGCCUAAAAUCUUAAUAAUAAAGCACUAUCCUCAAAGCAUCAUAAUAUGGGGCUUCUGAAAGGUAAAAUUGAGAACAAGAAUUUGCAACUCUUUGUUCAGUGGAUCCUAAGUGCAGUCCUAAAGCUGUGAAUUCUUUCAUCUUUAAUCUUAAUGAGAUGAUGGGUUUUUUAAAACAUUCAAUACAUUCAUGGGAAAUUUGGGGGUUCUUUAUGCCUCUUCUGAAUGUCAGUAAGGGCAAUUAAUUUUAUUUUAACUUUGGGAGGCUUCUUUUCCUCUGAGCCUUCCAUAAUCCUUAAAACUAAAUGUAGCAUGUCUGGCUCUUAGGACAUAAGAAACAAGUGAAAAAAUUAGAUAGUUUAACUUAGUAAUAUGAACUAAAGAAUCACAAGAAGAAAGAGACAUUUUCUGGGGUGAAUAUUAAGUUUUGGUGGUUUAUCUUUGGAACUGACAACAUUUUUAAUUUAUUUUUUCAUCUUUAUCACUAAAUUAAUAUGGAGUUAUGUGACCUGGGCCUCGGUGAGGAUAGAAUUGGGCUCUAGAGACCUUUCCAGUUCCAAUCGUCUGUGAUUCUAACCAGCACAUGGCUAAUGUUUUUCAUAUCAUUUUGUUUUCCAAAGGAACUAUUUGGUUCGAAGUGGUAUUUUCCAUGUCAAAGUAUCUGUCAUGCAGAUUUCCAAAUAACUGGUGACAGAAUUCAAGAGUGACCUUGGAAAGGGGAUUUCAGGUCAUUCCUGUGACUGUUCUUUGCAUAACUCCUAAAUGGGGCAUUAUCUCAUUAGGAGUUAUCUAACAUAAAUUUUUAUGCCACCAAUGCAGGAAAAUAUAUUAAUUGUGCAAAUCUGCUGUUUAAACUGGAGCUUAUUGGUCUCCUUGGUCCUAAACAGAAGGACUAAUAUUUUUAAGUUGAAGAUUUUAUUGUAAAUUAAUCCAUCUUAAAGACUUUUUGUUCAUUUGAAUUUACAGUUGGUUACUGUUCUUGUUAAAUGAUUUUUUAAAAAAAAUAAAACUGGAAAUUCAUUGGUUAUUAA